CGUUGAGUACUAGACAUGUCUUGGUGCCAAUUAGUUCAUUCUCAUCCGUUUGGAUCCGACGGUCGACCAAAUGAGUUCGGGAUCCGACGGUCGAAAUCACUUAGAAACCCUUCAUCCAACGAUUCCAACCCAAGGGUCAAGGCCCUCCGCUCCAACCAUCCUCCUUCCCCGACUUGCUGCGGCGCUGCCCACCUUCGAGUACCUUUCUUCCCCGGACCCCAGUCCCCACCUCCUUCUCCGUCUGCCCUAGCUUUCGCUCUCCCCUCUCUUUCCGGUGCUGCCAUUGUCUCUUCCAAAACCACCUCCAGCGCUGAGCUGCCUUUUCCCCGCGGAACUCGUCGCUCAUCCCCUGCCCUAGCUGAGCUUUGCUGGCUGUUGGAAAGAAGAAGGGAAAUCGGAGAACAGAGAUCAGAACUGUGGAUACCUUUCACGAGGUCAAGAGGAAGCGUGAUAAGAGAAAAGAGGGAACCACAUCUGGACUGUCUGCCAUUCCAGAACUUCCACAAUUGCAUCCCAAUGUGCGCAACUACAUGUUCUUUUGCUAAGACAGGUUACUACAGGGCGCCUUCUAGGAGAUUUCUUGCGACAAAGAAGACAGAAUUGCCAUUAGCCAUGAGCGGUGACGCUUCCAGUUCUGCUCCUUUGCAAGGGCAGGCAGCAAAAGAUGGUGGAGAUAGAGCUGGAAGUGUCAAACAGCAGCUGUCAAGAUUAUUCAAAGCAUCCCUUAGUGCAACAGUCCCAGAUGAGCCAAAUAUAGAGCCAUUGGUUGAAGUUUGCACGGCAAAGUUUGGCGACUAUCAGUGCAAUAAUGCGAUGGGGCUGUGGUCAAGAAUAAAAGGAAAGUCGACAGAAUUCAAAAAUCCCAAUUCUGUUGGCCAGGCUAUUGCAAGAAAUCUUCCUCCAUCAGAUAUUAUUGAGUCCACCUCUGUUGCAGGACCUGGAUUUGUGAAUAUAGUUUUGUCGGACAAAUGGGUAGCUCAGAGUAUACAACAGAUGCUGUUAAGUGGCAUUGGGACAUGGGCACCAAUUCUAUCAGUUCCCAAGGCAGUUGUGGACUUCUCAUCACCGAAUAUUGCGAAGGAAAUGCAUGUGGGCCAUUUAAGAUCCACGAUAAUUGGUGAUACUCUUGCUCGCAUGUUGGAGUUCUCAAAUGUCGAGGUUCUUCGACGAAACCAUGUGGGUGACUGGGGUACACAGUUUGGCAUGUUGAUUGAACAUUUAUUCGAUAAAUUCCCAAACUGGGAGGAAGCUGGUGAGCAAGCCAUAGGUGAUCUCCAGGAAUUUUAUAAGGCAUCAAAACGUAGGUUUGAUGAUGAUUCGACUUUCAUGGAAAAAGCACAAAAGGCAGUGGUUCGAUUGCAGGGUGGGGAGGCCAGAUAUAGAGAUGCUUGGAAAAAAAUAUGUGAAAUAAGCAGGAAGGAAUUUGACCUGGUGUAUCAGUGCCUUGGGGUUCAUUUGGAGGAAAAGGGGGAAAGCUUUUAUAAUCCUUAUAUUCCAGGUGUUUUGGAGGAACUGUCUAAUAAAGGGUUGAUCGAGGAAAGUGAUGGUGCACGUGUGAUAUUCAUUGAAGGACAUCAGAUCCCUUUGAUUGUUGUUAAGAGAGAUGGAGGAUACAACUAUGCCUCAACUGAUUUAGCUGCUCUUUGGUAUCGUCUUAACAUUGAGAAAGCAAAUUGGAUAAUAUAUGUAACAGAUGUUGGUCAGUCACAGCACUUUGAUAUGUUUUUCAGUGCUGCUAGACGAGCUGGUUGGCUUCCAGAUUCCAAUGGAAAUUUAUAUCCUAAAGCAAGCCACGUUGGGUUUGGUCUUGUUCUUGGAUCAGAUGGCAAGCGCUUUCGAACUCGCAGCUCAGAAGUUGUUCGAUUGGUAGAGUUACUCGAUGAAGCUAAAAGUCGCAGUAAAACUGAACUUCAGAAGCGUCUCAAGGAGAAUGGUAAAAUUGCAGAAUGGACGGACGAGGAGCUUGAGAAAACUGCUGAAGCAAUUGGCUAUGGCGCUGUCAAAUAUGCAGAUCUGAAGAACAAUCGGCUGACUAAUUAUACAUUUAGUUUUGAUCAGAUGCUAAAUGAUAAGGGAAAUACUGCUGUUUAUCUCUUGUAUGCACAUGCACGCAUUUGUUCCAUUAUAAGGAAAUCUGGUAGAGAUGUAGAAGAGCUAAAGAAAACAGGAAAUAUUGUGCUGGGUGAACCAGAUGAGCGUAUCUUGGGACUUCAUCUCAUUAAAUUUGCAGAGGUUGUUGAAGAGGCUUGCACCAAUCUCCUACCAAAUAUUUUGUGCGAGUACCUGUACAACUUAUCUGAAAAAUUCACAGGAUUUUAUAGCAGAUGUCCGGUGGUUGGUUCAGCCGAAGAAACAAGCAGAUUGUUGUUAUGUGAGGCAACGGCUGUGGUCAUGAGGAAGUGCUUUUAUCUUCUUGGAAUUACACCUGUUUACAAAAUAUGACAUUGUUUAUUUAUCGGCUGUCAGUUAGAUAAAGGUCCGAGUUCAAUAUAUUGAUAUCCAUGGGCUAUACAAUUUUUUGUAGCCAUCCACAAGAGUGAUUUUAUGCAAGAUAACAAGUAUUUUAUUUUCGAAAUUGCAAUCAUUUUGUAGUUGUGCAGUUCUUUUGAA